CAGGGGGUGGGGCAAAGCUUUAUAUAACUGUAGAGAAGGACAGCAGGGACAUUAAGCACCCUAGUGGAAAAGAGACACUAACAAAUGGAAGACUUCAGUGUACAAUAUGUCAACCUGGAAAUAUCUGAAAACCUGGAGAGACACAGGACAGAGGACUUCAGCAGCUCCAAAGCCCUGGUGGUGCGAAGAGGAGCCCCAUUCAAAGUCAGUGUGCAACUGGAGGGCCGACCCCUCAACCCCAAGACCGACUCUCUGAGGAUCAAAGUCAUGCUAGGCCGCCUCUUUGUGGUAAUGCCUGUCACUUUCUCCAGGAAUGCCUCCUCCUCCCAUUGGAAGGCCUGUAUUGACCCAACGAACCUGGACUUCCAGAGCCCAUCCAUAUUCAUUUCUUCUCCUGCCUCCGCCUCAGUGGGCUGCUACAGAUUUCAGCUGUGUGUGCUCGCUCAGAACAGCUGGAAGACCUGUGCUUUCGGCAAAUUUAUUCUGCUCUGCAAUCCCUGGUGUCGUGAGGACGCAGUGUAUAUUCCCUUUGAGGACCAGAGAGAGGAGUAUGUCCAGAAUGACUCUGGGCUGCUUUUUAUGGGGACACCUAUGAACAUUGUGCCAAGACCAUGGUCCUAUGAUCAGUAUGAGCCUGGUGUUCUGGAGGCGUGCUUGAAUCUGCUCCAAGUCAGCCCUCAGCACCAGAAGAACGCAAGAAUUGACUACCUGAACCGAAACAACCCCGUCUACAUUGGCCGGAUCGUGUCUGCCAUGAUCAACAGUGAAGAUGACCGUGGCGUACUGAAAGGGAACUGGUCAGGCGACUUUAAAGAAGGAGUUAAUCCCUCCAUGUGGACUGGGAGUGGGGACAUCCUGAGACAGUGGGCUCAGUCUGGUUACAGCCCAGUCAAGUAUGGGCAGUGCUGGGUGUUUGCAGCUGUCAUGUGCACAGUCAUGAGGGUUCUUGGCAUUCCUUGCCGCGUCAUCACAAAUUUCAACUCUGCACAUGACACCAAUGGCAACCUGGUGAUUGAGGAGUACUACACUGAAACAGGACAGAAGCUAAACCGCAGCAAGGACAGCAUAUGGAACUUCCAUGUCUGGGUGGAGUGCUGGAUGACUCGCCAGGAUCUGGGAUCUGGAAUGGAUGGCUGGCAGGUCCUGGACCCAACCCCGCAGGAGAGGAGCGGAGGAGUGUACUGCUGCGGCCCAGCACCAGUCAAAGCAAUCAAGGAUCGCUGCAUUGACCUGUUUUACGACAUCCCCUUUGUGUACGCUGAAGUGAACGCCGACGUCCACACAAUCAUAGUGAAUGAGGGUCAGGUGCUCAGCUACAGCAAAGACACCGAGAGAGUGGGAUCCCUCAUCUGCACCAAAGCUGUCGGCUUCCCCAGAUACCAGAACAUCACAGGAGACUACAAAUACAUCAAAAGCCCAACUUCAACACUGACAUCAAGAAGUUCCACAUUGUCAGAGGAUUCAACAUUAAGAAUAGGCUCAUCCAAGGGAUUGGCAGUCUUCCUGUCCUUGGAUAAAGCUCCUGUUGCCGGGGAGCCUAUCUGCUUCAUAGUGAAAGUCAUCAACAAGCAGAGCAUUGCCAAGAUGAUGAAAGUGCAUCUCAACGCCCAGGCUAAAGAGUACAACAGCAGCCCCUCAGAUGCCUUCUGGGAAAACCACGGUGUCAUACAACUGGCACCCAAGGAAGCCAAAGUUAUUCACCAGCAGAUCCUCCCAACCCAGUUUGAGCAUGUGCUGGAAGAAAACCUGAUCAACCUUGCAGUAGUCCUGGAGGACAUUGCCAGUCAUGAGCGGGUCCUGGCCUCGGAGGAGUUCAAUAUCGCCAGCCCACAGCUCACCAUACAGGUUGCAGAUGAAGACUCCAUUGUGCUUUACAAAGAGCAAAUUGCCACAGUGACCUUCACCAACCCAUUUUCAUACCCAGUUAGUGGUGUCCUGACUAUAGCUGGGGCCGGGUUGAUCCAGGACAAGGUUCGCUUCAGGAUGCUCCCACUGCGUCCAGGAGGAAGAGUGAAGCAGAACAUCACCUUCGUCCCCAGUAUGAUGGGAACAAAGAUGCUGCAGGCCAGCCUGGCACUUGCGGACAUCAACUCGACUGUCAGAGGCUUCAAGAUGGUGUUUGUCAACAGAGCUUAGGUCCCAUCUUUGACUUGGCUCAGGGCACAAUACUGACAUUUCUGAAGUCGCUGUUGUUUUGCAUCAGAAAAAACACUUUAUCUUUAUGUUAUUUAAACCAAGUGAAUUGAGAACAUGGCAACCAGGUGGCAGCAUCACUCAGUCAGAUUACUGCCAUCAGGCCCUUGUAUUUUUCUAUUGCUGUGUAUGACAUAAAUGUGAAUAUAAAUAUUAUUUAUUUAUUUCGCUAUUUAUUUUGCUAUUUAUAUGUUUGAGCCGUGAAAGUUAACAUUGCAACUUGAAAAUCCUGCUUGAAAAUCGUUUUUACUUGAAAUGUUGCAGCAAAUGAUUUCAACUGAUUUUUGUGUUUUUUGUUUGUUUUUUUUUAAUUGAAAAAUUAAAUAAAGAAUAUGUGACU